AUGAAGUGGCUUGGGAUCCUCUGGCUGAUGGCCUUCUCAGAGUGCCUAGUCAUAAUCCCUCUAAUGAAGAUCAAGACCAUGCGAGAAACCCUCAGGGAAAAAAACUUGCUGAAACAUUUCCUUGAGGAGGACACUUACAACACAUCCCAGAAUGCCCCAGAUGACCCAAAGAUUUUGAUUCAACCCCUGAGGAACUACUUGGAUCUGUCUUAUAUUGGCAAGAUCACCAUUGGAACACCCCCUCAGGAGUUCAGGGUCCUCUUUGACACCGGCUCAUCUGACUUCUGGGUGCCCUCCAUCUAUUGCUCCAGUCCUUACUGCCGUACACGCAAGCUCUUCAACCCUCGCUUGUCUGUCACCUUCCAGCGUUCAGGCCAGCUCUGCAACCUCAACUACUUCUCUGGGAAGAUUGUUGGAUUUCUUGGCUAUGACACUGUUCGGAUUGGGAAUCUUGUCGUCAUGGCCCAGGCCUUUGUCUUGAGCAAGAAACAGAUUGGGACGGAUGGUGCAAAGUUUGAUGGCAUCCUGGGCCUGGGCUAUCCCAAGCUCAGCACGCUAGCGGUCACCCCCGUCUUCGACAACAUGAACAGACAGGGCGUUAUUUCUCAGCCUGUCUUUGCCUUCUACUUUCGCACCGGGAAGGUGAAUGGCAGCGUGGUGAUGUUUGAUGGGGUGGACCACAGCUACCACAAAGGACAGCUCAAGUGGAUUCCAGUGUCCCACACUGAUUACUGGCGGAUGAAUAUGAACCGUAUCACCAUGAACGGGUUGGUUAUUGGUUGUUUCCACGGCUGCCAGGCCAUUCUGGAUACCGGGAGCCCGCUUCUGCUUGGCCCAACUGAACAUGUCACUGCCAUCCAGAAGCUCAUCAGUGCCACAUCUUCCGGUGAAGAGUACACGGUACCAUGUAGUAGCAUCAGACGUCUGCCUAAUAUCAUUUUCACCAUCAACGGCAAUGACUUCCCAGUUCCCAGUAAAGCCUACAUCUGGAAGGGUCCUAAGGGCAUCUGUUUCAGCAACUUUGGAGGGGGCACCGAGAGCUUCAAACUGCCGGAGAAAUGGAUCCUGGGUGAAGUCUUCCUAAGGGUGUAUUUCUCAGUUUAUGACCGGGAAAACAGAAGGAUUGGCCUGGCUCCUGCAGUGUAA